GCAAUUAACCAUUUUAAAGAUGGCGGAAAGUUGAAAACUUUCAAAGAACAGAAAGAAGCAUGAUUCUACCUUGAUAAAACCAGGUUAAAAAGAAUGAACAGAUCGAAGUUGUACAAUGCAACUUUACCGUUAAGUGCUGAUGACAGUUUGAACACAGAUAAAUUACAAAUGGAUCUAAACUCUGGACCUUACUUAGAGUACCCUGAUGGGACUGUGCCAAUGGUAACCAAGAUGAACACAGGGCGGAUGUCACCAGUUCGGUCCAGGACCAUGAAGGAAUAUGAUACACAAAUAACAGAAUUAAAGAAAGAAAACUUUAAUUUAAAACUGAGGAUUUAUUUCAUGGAGGAGAGAAUGCAGCAAAGGCUAGGAGAUGGAGACGAUGUGUUUAAAAUUAAUAUUGAACUAAAAGUAGAAGUGGAGACCUUAAAGAAGGAACUGAAAGAAAAACAAGAAUUAUUGAAAAAAGCCUCUGAAGCCAUAGAAACAUUGUCCACAAAACGUGAAGAAGACCUACAAGAAAUGCGCCGAGAAAUGGAGGAGGAAAUGAAUGAAGUCAGGCAGAGGCUGGAAGAGGAAGUGGAGUGUAAAAAGAAGGAGGUUGAAGCUUCCCAGAAGUCCCUACAGGAGGCUACUCAUCAGCUGGCUGACCUGGAGAACCGGAAUGAACAACUUCUAAUGGAGAUUCGGCAACUGGAACAAUCCAAGGAGAUCCAGAUGCAGUCAUUAAAGGAAGAUUUGGAUGCACAAAAAAGGGAGCUGGAAGCUCAAAUUGAGGAGAAUCAGAAGAACUUAGGACAAGCGGACCAUCUUCAGAGGAUUAAAGAGGACCUAGAGGAAAAAGUGGAAAUGUUGGAGAAAGAGUUGUCAAGAAAAGACCGGGAUAUGGAGCAUUUGUCAUGUAUUGUCAAAGACACCACACAGGUAGAAAGUGAGUCCUUCCUGGCCCCCCGCCAUUUACAGGAUGAAGUGGAUGAUCAAAGAUCUGAAUUAGAUACCUUGAAAACUAAAGUGGAAGAUCUGAAGGAGGAUGCAGAGAAAAAGAAUGAGAUGAUUGGAAAACUUGAAGAUCUGUUGAAAGCAAACGAAGAAGAAAAGAAAGAUGCUUUGAGGAAGUUAAAAGAGGCAGACAACAAAUUAAAAAAGCAUGAAGACUUACAACCAGUGUGGAACUCCACUGUAAAAGGUCUACACCAGGACCUUAGGAAGAGAAAUAAAGAGGUCGAUGAUUUGAAGGAUAAACUAGAGAGAAAGGAAGAGGAACUUAGACGAUGUCAGGAUGAAUUGCACACCUUGUCUGUCCAAAAACAAAAGGAGCUAGACAAACAGCAUGAAGACCUUACGUUUUUAGAAGACAGUUUGUCCAGCAUGAAACUACAUCUAAAGGAACGAGAGCUGGAAGUAGAGAAUCUGCUGAAAACUCUGGGUAAGAAGGAGGGAGAAUUGGAGGGAUUCAAAGAGCUAUUGAACAAGGCAGAGACAGCACUACGGCAGAGUGAAGAUGCUGUGCAGGACCUCCAGUGUCAACUGAGGAAAGAGAAGGAAAUUGCCUCAGAGGAUUACAGAUCUCAACAUUUACAGUUCAAGAUAGAUGACUUGGAGGCCCAGCUUCAUACCAAGGAUAAGAUUAUACAACAGCUAUCAGACAAUCUGAAGGAUAAAGAGAGACAGAUGCAGCAGUGUAUGGAGAUCUUCAGACCCACCCCACAGGAGGACAGCUCCAUUAAGGACAAAUGGAUCAGAGAGUUACAGAACAGACUUCAAGAGAAGGAAAAGGCUGUCGAGGAAGCUUUGAAUGAGAGAAUGAAACUAGCGGAUGACAAGGAUGCAGAAAUCCGACAACUGAGAAGAGAGGUCCGUGACAAAGAACAUGAGAUGGAGCGAGCCAAUCAGAUGUUGCUUACAGCAGAACAGACCAUUGAGUGUCUUGAGAAAGAGGGAGAUGAGAAGGAUAAAACUCUGAAACAGCUGACAAACUCGUUGAAGGUCUCCCAGAAAUCUCUUCAGGAUGCUUUGGAAGAACACAAACAAGAGCUUAAGGAGAAAGAAAAUGAGAUAGAAAGAUUGAAGAAAGGAAUGAAAAUUUCAGAAGGAGAACUACAGGGAGCAGAAAAUGCAGACACAAUGAACAGUUUGUUGAGGAAAUUACGUGACAAGGAUGAGGCUCUACUGAAACAAGCAGAGAAACACGACACUGAAAUGAACAAGCUAGACAAGGAAAUUCACAAUCUCAAAACUGAGCUGGCUCAAGUCCAGAGGGAGCUACAGUCAGUGGAAAAUAGAUGUGGCUGGUCUGAAAAACGGAGUCAAGACACUCUGGAUGAUUUGAGAGAGACACUUAAGGAGAAAGAUAAAGUUAUUGAGGCCUUAGUUGCAAGUGGAAAAGAGAAGGAGAGAUUGAUUGUAGAACUACGAGGUUUGCACUCCAACGCAGACACCAUCAGUCUCCAAUUCCAAAUAGAAAAACUGAAAAAUGAACUGCAGGACAAAAAUGAUUUACUUGAUUCAUGGACGUUUGAUGAAAAUGAACAAGUUAUCAGUCGAAGGAUAGAAAAUUUACAAUCGGAACUUGAAGCUGCAAAAGAUGAUCUUCAACAGGCUCUAAAGAGAGAAGACAUCCUAACAAAGGAAUUGAAUGAUCUCAGACAGAAGGAAGUUUCAUCCCAAAACAGAGCGGGAGAAAAUCACAAAGUUGAAAUAGAGGUACGAAACGUCUGUGAACAUCACUCAAGUCCAGGGAAAUCCGAGAAAGUGUCAACAGGAGAAGGUCAAAAGUUGAAAGAAACUCUGGAAAAACAGCUGUCAGAGCUAGAAAAACUUGGUGAUACAAUAAAGAGAGAAAGGCAGAUUAUCCUAAACUUGAAUGAAAAUGAACCAAAGCUCAGUGGUGCAAUCAGUGAGGAUUUGGCCAAGGAACUGAAGACUGUGCGAGAUUUGCGGAAGGACUUGGAGGAGAUUUUGGACAAAAAUAACAAAAUGACUCUAAAUUUGGAGCAGCAGUACAUACUGUACAAUAGAAGGUUUACUGACGAUUAUACCACAGGAAUUAUGAGUGAGCUGAACUCAGAUCUAGAUUCACUAAAGAGGGAGCUGGAACAGAAAAAGGUGGAAAAUAACACUCUGUUGGCCCAGCUCUAUGACAUCAAGUAUAGCCAUAAGGACCAUGAUGCUAUGCAUGAAUCAGGGCAGACGUCACCUAGGAGUGAGACUCGAUGGAGCAUGACAUCCAGCUCAAGUUCCUCUUCUUCACCGGAGUUUGAUGUUCCUCUGAAUCGGCAGACAUUGUCAGACAUGAGCGCCCCCAUGUUGAGGAGGUACAUCAGGCAGAUCCAGAAACAGCUGGAUAUUUCUGCCCAUGAGAAAGAUGAACUGCAAGAAAGAUUGAACCUCUCACAGAGAGUGAACGCUCGGGAAAUUCCUGGGAAAAAUGAGGAUGAUUUCAAUAGCGUUCCUCAUCUUAGAAUGGAAGUUCAGAGUUUGAAAGGCAAAUUGGCAGCGGUAGAAAGUGAUCUGAAAGUAUUACGGCAAAAGUUUGGAUUAGACAAGGACAUGCCAUGCAAAUAUUCUGAACUCCCAAAUGUACCUGAUCUACAGAGAGAAAAUGUCAAACUGAGAAAUGAUUACAGGAAUGCUUUGGAUAAAGUCUCUUCUUUGCAAGAACACAUUGACAGUUCAUUAAAAUUGCACAAAGAACAGUUGGAUAAAUUCAGUCAAACAGUGGCUUGGAGUGGUAUGAUUCCACCCCUUGGGCCCAAAUCAACAGAUCUGAAGUGUCAAAGCAAAAAGGUUCCCAGUCAGAUACCCAGGCUCCAUAAACCUGGACACCCUGUCAAUGGGGAUCACUCUCAUCUUCAGAAACCAGAAAUCUUGAGAGAAAUGUUGUCUGAGUCUAAAAAUAGAAUCAGUGACCUGGAGGCCAAGUUAGAGGCUACUGAGGGGACAGUAAGAAUUCAGACACAAAAAAUGAAGCAUUACAAGUCCAUUCUGGAAGAGCAUGGCCUGAUGGCCAAAAGCCCAUGCAUCAGCCGCUCUCAUAGUGAGACUAAUCUGGCUGCUGCCACAGCAACUACCUCCAAGAUACCUGUCAGAAAAAGAGCCAUGUCAAUUGAGCAUCUGAAUGCUGUGGGAAAAUCUGAUUUAGAGGGACAGACAAGACAUGUCAGCGACAGUAGUGAGGGAUCCCAGGAGAGCACACUGCUUCCCUCCCAGACAUUAUUAGACCUCCAGGAGAGAAUGGCCUUCUUACAACAGAGCCUGCAGGAGACCAAGAACAACAACUCUGAACUGCAACAAAAACUCCAGGCCAAGCAACACUCUGAUCAAACUAUUGCAGAAUUAAAAUUCCAGCUUGGACAGAGCAGGGAAACAAUUGUGGCCCUGGAAAAGCAGCUGAAGUCUUAUCAAGGGUCUUCUAUGCAAGAAGUGCUGGAAUUGCAGAGAGAUGAGAUAGCUGUUUUAAGAAAAAGGUUGUGUGAUUCCCAAAAUUCUUGUGUUCAGUUAAAUCGAUGGUUGGGUGACUUGAAUGUGUAUUUGGAUGGGCUGACGGAAGACGAGUAUGGAAGUAUCAAACAGAAAGUCCAACAGACCCAAAAGGUGGCUAAGUCACUCACACAUCUUCUAGAUUCAGAUAGUGAUGACUCUGGGAAUGAAGGAAGUAAACUUUUGAGAGGAAACUAUUCACCAGUAAAAUCUCCAAAGAGAGAAGCAAAAAGACAUGCUGAGGAGUUGGAGGUCAAGGAAACAGAAAUAAAAUCAUUGAAGGAGGAAUUGGAAGAAAAGAAAGCUUUCAUUGGUCGAUUGAACACCAAUCUAUUAAUAGCCCAGAGGCAGUUAUUGAACUGGCAAGACUGUGGAAAGGGAUCAUCCACUUCUGGUACAAGUGCUGCUGAUGGAAAUGUCUUCGAAAGCAAUCGCCAGAGACCAAGGGACAUCUUCCUUAGAGAUAGUCUGUCCCCUGCUUCACAGACAUCAAACAGACUGCCUGGAGAUCAUGAGAAUUCGAUAGAGAAAGUGAGGCAUAGUAGUGAGAGGACUCAGAGUUCUAGGAGGUCCUCUGAUGAUAUAGAGGUGCAGGACACCACAGUGACUUCUACUCAUACACAGGGUUCUGUGCAUUCUCACAAAGAACCUAUCAGUGGUAAGGCUGAUCGGAUGGACUUUGGACCAAACGUUACCACUCCCUUAGGCCUGUAUACGUUUAACUCUGAUGAGCGUUUGUAUGGUAAUGCCAGAUUUGCUGAUAGAGACAUGUUUGAUCAGACUCUGCCUGUGAAUGGACAUAGUGAAAUGUCUUUCAUGGAAAAUAGGGAUUUCUUUGAAAAUGUGAGUAAGUACAGUGAGUUAGAUGACACUCGUGUGACUCAGCGAUCAAGUUUCAUGAACAGGAGUGUGACUGUUCAGAGUGAGAACCAGCAGUUGAAAUCACGGUUAAAUGUUAUGGAGGACUUGAACAAGACCCUGAAGGAUGAACUUCAGGCAUAUGAAAACUUGUGUUCAUCUAUUGGUAUUCAGAGCUCACCAAGGAAGUCUCCACGGAAGUCAUCAGAGGACGGGGAUCUGUUGAGGGAGCAUCUGUUGGAAAUUCGAGCUCUGCGAAUCAAGCUGGAGAAAUCCCUGAAAGACAGUGAGAAACUGAGCCAGAAGCUACAGCAGGAUAUGGAUGAGUCCCAUGCCUCAAGUAAUACUACCAAUGUGUAUAUGUACAGCCAACAUCAGGCCCAUAUCAAUGAGUUACAAAGGGCCAUCGACAAGCUGAAGACACAGUUAAGAGAGAAGGAAAACAGCAUCACAGAGAAAAUCACCAUCAUCAGAGAAAAAGAGAGGAUCAUCCACGAAACCAAAACCAUCAUCACCGAGAAAGAAAAGAGGAUCGGCGAAGUCUUACAGGAGAAGGAAGAGCAGACGCGAUCCAGUCAGCAGACGUUAGUGGUACAGCAGAGGCGGAUAGAGAAACAGGACGAGACCAUUCAGCAGCUGAGGGAGAAGCUGGAUCUUCAGGUGGAAAGUCUUCAUCAGCAGGAGUCCAAACUGAAGGAACAGUAUGAGGUCAUUCAAAAACAGGAGCUUCUGUUGGCAGAGGUUAGAGGUAAUUUAGCCUGCAAAGAGUCAACAUUAGAAAAGCAGUAUGAGCUUCUCCAACAGCAGGACCUGCAGAUAGAUAAACAGAAGGAAUUGAUAGACCAGAAGGACAAGAGUUACCGAUCACUGGAGGAGGAGCUGGAGACUGUGACCAGCCAAAUCCGACACUUACAGAGGACUGCUGAGGGGUCAGUGGACCAGGAGGAGUCGGGGACACAGACCCUGAAGGACAAAGUGGAGAAGCUGGAAAAGACGGUCAGCUCUCAGAACAAGAAGAUGAAACAGCAGGAACAAUGGCUGACCGAGAAAGAUAAGACCAACUACAAACUACAGCAGAUCAGGGACAGGCUGGACGAGAACCUUAAAAAGUCAUCUAAAGAGAUCAAAAGAUUAAAAGAAGAGAUGAGGACUUUGAGGGAUCAAGUCCAGGAAAACAAAGAUCUGAAUAAAACUCUGAAGCUAGAAUUAAGUGUCUAUGAAAAAUUGGAGAACACAGAGAAUCAAGGCUGGAGCAAUGGCAAUGGCAAACAGGACAGCUUUGACAUGAGGGAGUUCCUCACUGAACUCCGCCAUCUUAGAACACAACUGGAGAGGUGUAUAGAAACCAACAACGAACUGAGGAAGAAACUGGAAGAACAUCUGUAUGCCAAGAGUCAGCGACAGAGAAUAUCAAAGACAAACAUUUACCAUGUCAAAGACCCCAGUCCUGUUACAUCUCAGGGUACUGAUGCACCUGAUGGACUGCCGAGUGUGGAGCAGAAGUCGGGUGGGUUCAGAAGUAACCAUGAGUCUGUAGAAAUUUUUAGAGGCACUGCUGAUCAAGAUUCCAUGAAAAGUCUGUCUCAGGAUUCAUGUAUCAGUGAUUGUGCCUCAGGAACUUCAUCAGAUCUCGGAAAACCAGGAUUUGGAAUAGCAACCUGGCCUCUUACAGCUGACAAUCCACUGAAGGUUGUAGAGAGCCUGUCUAGUCCUGGAGGGACCUUCCAUAGGACACACUGCAGCAUGGCAUCAUCCAGACUUCACCAGUCUGAUGGAAAUCUGUCAUACUAUGUACAAGACUCGCCAAGUGUACUGGCUGACAUGACCUCCCAAAAGGUGGACUCAGAUCUGAGAACUUUGUUUGCCAUUGGAAAACUGGAUGAUUUUGAAAAGUUGAAGAAAGAAAACGGAGAAUGUGCAGUUGUGCUUAGAGGAAUAGAAGCACGGAUUCAUGACAGGUUGAAGAUCUUCCGCAAUAUGUCUCCAAGGGAGAGUAUGGAGUACAGUACUCUGAAGGAACUCUCUCUGAGUGUGGAGAAUUUACGCAUCUGUCUGAAUGAGGAAAAGUCCCUCCUCAGCUGUUUCUGGACCAGCUCCCUCCCCAAGGAAGGCGUGGAGUCAAAGCUUCUGUUUGAGAAUGAAUCUCUGAAAAAUGAGAUAACAGCAAUCAAGUCCAAAUACUCAUUUUUGACUCAGUUUGUUCACAGUGCUGAGGAGAGACUCCAUGCAACGAAUCAACAGAAACAAAACAUGGAGGAUUUCAUCUAUAGGCAAUUAAAAAAGACUACCAAAGUAAUGGUGCAUGCCCGUGGAAACUUUGAGAAAAAGUUGCUGCACUCUGGACCGGAAGAUAAACCCGAAAAUCAAAGAAAGUCCCGAGGAUAUAAAGGAGACCCUUCAGUGUAUUCCGAUAAAUAACAAUUAUGAACAGGUACUCACGUACCAUUAGGGGGAACAAAAUGUGGGCAUCAUUAUCAAAAAAUGUUCAGUGCAGUUUCUCAAAAGAAAAAUGCAUACACAUUGAAGCAUUUGUGAUACACUGAUAUUCAUGUGUACACAGUUUGCGACAAAAAUAAUGUAGUGCAAUGACACAUGGUAUAGACAUAUAUAGAAAACCAGCAGCAUGGAUCUUCCCAUUAACUCGUAUCAAUGCCUGCAGUGGUCACUGCCUUCAAAGAGUUCAUCUGAGAGAAAAUUCUGGAUAAGUACUCAAAACUGCAGACACCUUGUCUUAAGUGUAUCAGAAAAACUGGAGCAUGCUUUCAGUACUUUACAAUGUCGAGUUUAUCCGAUGUGCCAAUGACUUAUUAUUUUGUGUUGUUUUUUGCAUGUUGUGUUAAAUGUAUUUUUUUUUAUCACUUAAUCAUUACUACAAUAUCAUUAUAUUUUUUUUUCUCCCGUUGAAAACUUCUUAGUUUAAAAUGCAUAUUUUUUCUUUUCUUUUUAUAACUGCAUUCAUUUACUCAUAUUAUGGGACCAAAUGUAUUUGGUAGAAAACAGACAUUUUGAUAUAUUUUCAUGAACAUCUGAUUGAUUUUUUUUUUCCAUGAAUGAAGCUGAUAUAGUAAAUUCAGCAAGUCUUCCUGUACAGAGAUUGAAAUAUCUCAUGUGCAAUACAUUUAUACUUUGAAAAGCAUGUAAAACCUUGUCUCUGGUAAUGUGUGUACAUAUAUAUAUUUGUAUAUGUCAUUUGAUAGGGGACAUUCAGCAGUGGAAAUAUUUUGUGUUAAUUUAUUCUAUAGAAGAAAACAGCUUGUUAAAAGAGGAAAUACGUAUUAAUCAAAUAUUUUGUCUGUUAUCAAAAACUGAAUAAAAGAAUUGAAAGGA